AUGUCGUUUCCCGACAAACCCGUGGCGCAGCUUCUGGGUGCCAACGGCCCAGUGCAUGCGGUGACGUACUCGGCCGGUGCGGGAUCGUACGUCCUGACGGGCUCAGCCGACCGCUCUGUGCGGCUGUACAAUCCGCAGCCGACGAGCGCGAGUCCGGAGAGCAGCGGCGGCUUUGUGACGAAAAUGGGCGCGACGCCAGCAGCGGUGACGGCGGUGCCGGCCGGCCGGCUCAUCCAGACAUAUGCCGAGCACGGCUACGAGGUGCUGUCGCUGGCGUGCGCGGCUGACAACGCGCGCUUCGUGUCGGCGGGCGGCGAUCGCACCGUCUUUCUAUGGGACCGUUCGUCUUUUGCCGGCGACGGCGACAGUCUCGUCGUCACGGCCGGCUUCGACACGGCCGUGCGCAUCUGGGACACGCGCGCCAACAACGCCCACCGACCGGUCCAGACGCUCACAGACGCGCGUGAUGCCGUUUCGGCCGUCGCCGUGCGUGGACCCGCCAUCCUUGCGGCCAGCGUGGACGGUUGUCUGCGCACGUACGACGCCCGGGCUGGCCGCCUCGUCACUGACGUCGUCAGCGGCCGUGCUGGCCUCACCAGCCUCUGCCUUACGCGCGAUGGCCGCUCCGUCCUCGUCGGCGCCCUCGACAGCCGGCUGCGACUCUUUGACCGUGACAGCGGCUCCUGUCUGCGGACGUACGGCGGCCCUGAUUCGACCGGCACCAAAACUCACAACAACACCAGCUGGCGCAACGAGGAUUUGCGUGUCCAAUCGCUGCUCGGCGGCUCCGAACGCUUCGUCGUCGCCGGUGACGAGAUGGCCCCCCCAAAGACGCCCUCCUCCGAUACUACCGCCUCUCCACCAUCCUCUUCCUCCACCCCCGACGGCCGUGUCUGGGCCUGGGAUCUGCUCACCGGCAAGGUCGUCGCCACCAUCCCCGUCCCCUGGGGUCCCCCCGGAACCAUCAACACCAGCCGGGCCAUCGGCCGCGACGGCCGCGAGAAGGAACGCCGCAACGUCACUAGCUGUCUGGCCUGGCAGGACGCUGGCUGGGGCGAGCAGUUCUGCGUUGGCGGCACGUCUGGUGUCGUCACCGUCUUCGGGCCAAGAUGA